GUAAGCGCUGCGGGGCGGGGCCGGGGGCUGAACCGCGCCCCGAGCCGGGACCGGCGCGGAGCUGCUCCCCGUCCCCUCGGUGCCGCCGUUCCUCCGGGCAUGGGUGCGGAGCGAGGCGGCGGAGCGGAGCUGCCGUGCGGCUCUGAGCGCGCGUGGGGGCGGCCCCCGGGGGGCUCCCGGCCCAUGGCCUUCAUGAUGAUAAAAAAGAAGAAGUUCAAGUUCCGCGUGGAGCUGGAGCUGGACGAGCUUUCCUCCGUGCCCUUCGUUAACGGCAUCCUUUUCUGCAAGGUGCGGCUGCUGGACGGCGGCAGCUUCAGCGGGCAGUCUUCCCGGGAGGUGGUGCAGGCAAAUUGUGUCCGCUGGAAGAAAAAAUUCAUAUUUAUGUGUAAAAUCAGUGCCAGCGCCACAACAGGGAUUCUGGAUACUUGUAUCUGCAGAGUGUCUGUGCGGAAGGAGUUAAAAGGAGGAAAGGCCUAUGCAAAGCUGGGCUUUGCAGAUCUAAAUCUAGCAGAGUUUGCUGGAUCAGGAAAUACCACUCGUCACUGUUUACUAGAAGGUUAUGAUACCAAAAAUACAAGACAAGAUAACUCCAUUCUCAAAGUGUUGAUCAACAUGCAGCUCAUGUCUGGAGACCCAUGCUUUAAAAUGCCUCCUUCCACAGCAAUGUCUUUAGCAAUUGCUGGAGAAUCAGAAUCCCUGCAUGAAGACAGAAAAGGCAGAGAAGACUUAAAAGUAGUACAUCUGGGUAUAGCAGAUGCUUCAUCAAGGAGCGCCUCAGUCCCUGACGAAAUUGGUGCUUGCGGACAUUCCAGAACAUCAAGCUAUGCAAGUCAGCAGUCGAAACUGUCAGGAUACAGCACGUGUCACUCUAGAUCAGCCAGUCUGUCAGAACUCUGCCACAGGAGAAACACCUCAGUGGGGAGUACCUCAACAGGAAUUGCAAGUAUUCUAGAACCCUGCGAAGAGACUGAGCCAAAAGUAACUAACAUUGAUACAUCUAUUAAAGAUGCAUCAUCAGAAAAACUGUGCAGACGUCCCAUAAAGCAAGAUUCUGUGGAGUCACAGCUGAAAAGGGUUGAUGCUACCAGAGUUGACGCUGACGAUAUAGUUGAAAAAAUACUCCAGAGUCAAGACUUCAGUUUAGACUCAAGUGCAGAAGAAGAAGGUUUAAGAUUAUUUGUAGGUCCUGGUGGAAGCACUUCUUUUGGAAGCCAUCAUCUACCUAACAGAGUAGGAUCUGGGGCAUAUGAGCAGGUGGUGAUAAAACGCUAGACUAGAAUGACUUGACCAGAAGAGGAAAACAUGGAACGCUGGCAGCAAUUUUCUGAUUCACAUUUCCUCAAUUGCAAGAAUUGUGAAAGCCGAACUUUGUGUGAACUUGUUUUUGGAAAAGUAACGGAACGCCUCUUGCUCAUAGAACUUUAUCUUCUCUGAUACCAAGGCAAUGUCUAGAUGUCUACAUGUUGUGCAAGUACUUGGACUGUUUUUAUAAGCUGCACCUUAUGUUGAGUGAAUUAUGCAUUAAGCUGUUCCAUACAUUUUUAGAAGCAUGAUUAAGUGGGUCCAAUUUCAAUGUUUUACAUAGGAGGUCACAUGUGGCUAUGUAUCCUGCAGUUUCUUUUCCAAAGAAACUUCAAGAAGUCAUAAAUGAGCCCAAAUAAAUGAAUUAGGAUCAAAUUGAGUCUACCUGCCAUUAAAGCCUUAGAGACUUAGACUCUUGCUUCUUGACUUAGACAAGUUAAGUCUAAGUAUCACACGAAGGUUACAGCUUCUCUAGAGCUCUGUUCUAAACAGCCAAAAUCUUCUCUUAAAAGUGCUGAAGUGUGGUUGAAGAACGGAGAUGAAAAUUCACAUGCAUUAAAAAAGACUCAGUAGAUGUAAACCAGCCAGUAAUAGGUUGUGUUAGUUGUAACUGACAUCUAGAUGCUUGCACGUAUCAAAUACAAUGUACAAGUGACAAAAUAAGUGGGAUACAUCAAAAUACCAGUGCCCAGUAGUGUAUUACUGAGAAAGCUGGUUGUUUGCUUUAGCAUUGUUAAGGAUGGAGUUCAUAAGCCUCUUACACAGAAAUUUGCUUCUGUGGGCAAACCUAGAGGUUCAGUGGGAUGGUACCAUUUACAAACCUCACCAGAGGUUUACUACCACUUUCAACUUUUUAUUGUAGCUUAACCCUCCCCAGUUAGUGCUUUGCUAGUGUUCUGAAGGUGCCUUGAGGGGCAGGGAAGGUACAGAGAUAUUAAACUAUUUACAAAGCAAUUUAAGCUUUAAAACUAGGUAAACAUCUAAACUACUACCAGUAUAACUUAUUAAGAUAAGCACUUUACUGUUUACAUAUUCUACACACUGAAAAAGAAAUACUGUGCAACAGAUUUGCCUUUUCACGUUGAAGACUUAUUCCUUCACUAUCUGUCCACUGUUACAUUAAGGAAAAUGUACUGUACUUAAAUUUGCACAAAUAGUUAUUUGCUUGCCAGAUGAGAAAGAUGAAUGAAGAAAGAAAAUUCUUGAAAGUUUCAUUGAGAAUUAUGAAAGAAUCCAUAUUUCUAAUGACAUAUUUCCAACGACAUAUUUCUAAUUUGGGCUUAGAUCUGCUGUAUUUUGAAUUGCAAACUGCAGGUGACCUGUAUUUUGUUACAACUGAUUGUAUUAUUAAUCAGCAAGAAUUAAAGAAUACAAAUAACAGUGGUCGUUUUAGAAAGCUCUGAACCCUUUAAAUUCUUCUCAUAAGGAAGUCUGACAUCCUUUUAUUGAAGUAUAAGUAGGCCUUAUUUAAUCGGUUUAAUCAGGAAAAAUCAGACUUUGUUUUCCAUAAAUAUGUAGUAGUUACUAAACUCACUUGUGUUUUUAAGGAAGUUUCAGAGUUUGAAGCUGGAGUAGCGUUACUGAAUAUGACGAGUGAGUAAUUAUUCUAUUAUGGUACUUAAAUAUCUAUUUCCUACUCUAAACUAUAAUCUAAACAUUUUAAUGGGUAAAAAUAACUAAUGCAAAGAUUACAUUUUAGCUGCUGUUCAUGUAAGUGUGGUAUUAUCUAAAAUUUCGUUGGAGAAAUAGAUAAACAGACAAUACCUAACUGCUAGCAUCCUCUCUCAGAGCCUGAUAGUUUCCUAAUUUGUACAAAAAAAAAACAACCUCACACAUUCUACUGCAAGGCAGAAGAUGCAUGAAAAUUGUAUUAUGUCGCUUUCGGUACUCCUAAACACUGCUACACAUUUUUGACUAAUCUAGUAAAACCAGUAUUAGUUUGAUGUUAGUUUACUUAGGUUUACUAGGAAAAAUAGGCAAAGCUAGAAGAAAUGUAGAAACGCUGUACAGCUACCUAUGUAAUUCUAAAGGGGAAUUUCCAUAGCCCAGAUUUGUAUUCUAUGUUAAAAUCUACAGCUAACCGUCACAGAUAGCUAUUUGUGUACCAGAAACCAAUUAAUUUCUUGCCUGAGCAGAUUUUUUUUAUUUUUUAUUUUUUAAGUAGGAGAAAAGUUUCACAUGGAAAUCAAGCUUUAAAUAAAGCUGUGUUCUGGCAUUUUUAUUGUUCAUACUUCAAGCUACAAUUCUUUCCCAGGUAAUUCUGUAAUUGUGCAUAUUUUAGAUGGAACAUAACCUUAAUACGUAAAUAUAUUUUCUUUUUUUGUAAACUAUGUUGUAAGAAUACUGGACACAUGUUGUGAACUGUUUCGGAUACAUUUUCUAACUAUAUUUAAUGCAAAUGUCUCAGACAUGCAAUAAACUCAUGUUGCAAAGAAAA